AUGAAUCCGACCUCGCUAUACAUCACCACGUCGCGGCUCGUCUUCCAGGGUGACAUUGUAGCCGAGCUGCAAGAUCUCAAUCGUCUGUUACCCUACCUGCGCAAAAGCCUGAGCUGUGCGGUAUGCUGCAAGCUGCUGGUGGAACCGCAUAGCCCAUCGACGGGCGACUGCCAGCAUCACAUCUGCCGUGUGUGCGUUGGCAAACACAAGAAACUCAAACCAGCAUGUCGCUUCUGCAAGGGUUUGCUGCAGUAUCGGGAGAACACGCAGCUACGGUUGCUGCUGCAGUGCUACAAGAGCAUCUGCACGUUCAUUCGGUCCCGACCCGUUUAUGCGGAUAUAUGCAAAUGUGCACCGAGCCAGCCGGGUGGUGGAGGGGCGGAGGGAGGUGCCAGUACAAGCGGUAGUACCGGCACAACUCCCAAUAGCUUGAUGGAUCUGAUCGAGGAGGGUGCGGCCUUCGUCGAUGACUUCAAGUGCACUUCCGGCCUGUCAAAGUCGGCCUAUUCGAUACUGCCCUGCAUCUUUCCACCACCCGUCGUAACCGUGCAAACGCCAACCGAGCCGAAACCGAUCGCUCUCGUGCCACCGUCCGCGCCCUGUUGCUCCAAGGCGACAAACAAACCGAAACCAGCAAACAAAACACCGGCACCGGCUGAACAUGUUAAAUUGGUGCUGCAAGAAAAGAAAAAGGUGCUGCGAAAGACGAAGCCGCGUCAACCGGAACAGCACCAGCAGCAAUCGGCCCCACAGGAACGGAAGAAACGCAAUCAAGCAAAACAGAAACAAAAACCAGUAAAGCAAGAGCAGCAACAACCGAAACAGGUGCUGCAACAAAAGCAAGCACAAUCAUUGAAGCUGCAGCAAAAGAAGCAGUCGCAACAAUCGCUACCACUGCAGCAAUGUGCACAACUGAUACAACAACCGAAGAAGGGACAGAUGUUCAAACAGAAAAUUGCAAACGUAUCCCAGCAGCAGCAAAAGUUGACGAAGCAACAGGUACUACCGCAUCAUGAGCAACACAAGCAGCAGGUGCUGCAGCAAUGCCAACAACGAAAGCAGCUAUCGCAGCAGUUUCAACCUCAGCAACAGCAACAGCAGGCAACGCUACAGUAUCAAAGUCAACAGCAGCAAAGCAAGCAAGUGCCACAGCAGCAGGUUUCACAACAGUUACAACAGAAACAAUUGGUACAGCAGCCAACAGCCAAGCAACCAAGGCAGCGACCGAAGCAAAUAAAAACAUUGUUGAAAAUUAAGCCACAGUCGGAAUUGCAAUCUCAGCAGUUUUUGCUACCGACACAACAACCACCACAGCAAUUGAUGCAGCAACAGCAGCCGCCAAAACCGGCACAGCUACUACAACAACCCCUGCAGCAACAAAAAUCAAUGCAGCUGCAAUCGCAGGCACUUAAACCGGCGCAACAACAGCCACCAGUAGCGAUGGCCGGCACCCAAAUGUUGUCAGGUCAAAAGAUUAUGAGUGGUGGACCGGUUCAAGCUCAAAAAUCACUUCCGCUGCAGCAAACCGUCCCCAUUAAGCAGGAAACAAAACAGCAAAAGCAGCAACAGCAGCAGAUGGCGUUUCAAAAUCCGAUCUUGUCGCAACCGGUACCGAAUGUGGUCCAGGUCCGGAAGCAGGAUACGUUAGAGUACUUAAGGGAGAACCCACCGCUGGCGGAGCAGCAGGAUAGCUUGCAAAAGCAGCACGAGCUAAUGCAGCACAGACAGCAGCAACAGUUACAAAUCGCUCAGCGCCGGCAACAGCUCCAACAACAGCAAAUCAUACAUCCGCAAAAGCUCCCCUCGCAGCAGCAAACAGUCGCGGCAAAGGUGCCGCAGCAGAUACCGAUCAUGCAGGCGCAACAAUCACGCAUGGGAUUCCCGGGCAAUACGGCCGACGUGGUCAUACGUCCGAAUGCGAACAAGAUCAAUUCUGGCCUCAUACGGAACGUGCUACCGGCACGUGUCGGUACCACCAUUAUACAUGCGGAAUCACUCGCGAACAGACCGGUCGGAACGGUUGCUCCGACUGCAGGCCACGGUAAGACCGCAAUAGUACCAACGAACGUGGCAAACACACCGCUCCUAACGCAACCGAUCAUAAAGAACAGCUGCGUACCGACGACGCCGCGUAUCGUUAACAUCACCACACCGCAGGAAAUUAAAUUCGAAGCGGCACCGAUUAAAACCGUAUCGAGCGGUACGACAAUGUAUUCGGUGCUGUACGCGGAGAGUGGCAACAAGUUUACGAUCAAGCGUAAACCAGAUCCAGUAUCGGCUGCGAAGCCCGUACAUGCUGGUCAACAGGCGAAAAUAGCGACCAUGGUAUCGAACGCUGCUGGUUUGGCCAGCGGUUCACGCGCCAUAAUUCCUGCCAAGGUCGAUGUCGAUCAGACCAAGCUGGGAACGGUACAGAAAGCUCAGCCACAGCAACCGAUUGUAUUGCAGUUCCGGCCACCACAGACACGACCAAUACAGCUGCCACUUCAACAACAACAGGGAGCAGUCGUACAACAGCAGCAACAAUCGUCCGUUCAAGCGCAGCUGCCCCAACAACAUGCAUCGAUGGUGCAACAACAAAUACAGCAGCAGCAGCAGCAACAACAACAGCUGCAACAGUAUCAACUUCAGCAACAACAGAAGGUUGCAGCACCAUCACAACAAACCGUAGUGGCACUAGCACCGCAACAACAGCAAAACUUCCGCUCGCUCAUCAUUCAACAACAACAACAACAACAACAACAACAACAACAGCAACAGCAACAGUUGACAACUCAACAGCAACAACCGCCGGCGCAACCACCAGCAUCGCAACAACAAUCAAUGAAGCGUAAAGGUUGCCGUUGUGGUAAUGCAACCCCAACGCCCGGUAAGCUGACCUGUUGCGGUCAGCGCUGUCCGUGCUAUGUUGACUCCAAGUCCUGCGUCGACUGCAAAUGUCGUGGUUGUCGCAAUCCGCACCGUGCCGAUGGUUUGAAGAUCCGCCGCAGUCUGUCGGAAUUGUUGCAGCAGUAUAAUGCACCAGCAACGACCACAGCCACGUCAACGCCAGGCAUUGACACGCUGUCGUCCGGGUCGUCUACCGCCACGAGUGGCGUGUCGCUUGGUCCAACGAUAACGGCCGUCACGUACAGCAUUAACGCGGUGAAGCCUGCCAGUGCCGCGACGUCCGUGGCAAAUGGCAGCACCAAGGUGAAGGUAAUCAGUGCCGGGCAGCAUCAAAUUCUCCACACAACCGCGAAAGCGUCGCCUGCGGCAGCUGUCGUGAAGACCGGUGCCGGCGGUGGUCGUACCCGUACGAACGGUGGUGUCGGUGUAUGUCUGCUGCCAAAAACGCAGAAUGCGACCGUACCGACCGCCGGUACCAUCACGAUUCGGCCGUUUGCGAGUAGUGGUUUUAAUAGCGGCAUUACCACGACGAUCAGUUAUCUGCCUUCCGCUUCGCAAUCAUCCACCUCUACCGCAUCGGUGAGCGGUUCCUUGUCCGGCGGCACAUACGCAUCACCGUUGACCCGCACCAUGUCCCAACCGACCUCGGCAAGCGUAAGACUGAACAAACCACCCGCAAGGACCAGCACCGUAACGUCCGGUUCGUUCGCGACCCUGUCAACCGGUUCCACUCAAUCGCUGGACUGGACCCGGAUCGGCGGUGAGUCGUCCAUUACGACCAAAUCGUUCGCCAAACAGUCGUCCGGAGGCGUACGCACACCGUUUUGUUCGAUGGAACAGGAUCGUGAACGAUCGGCAGGGCUCGGUUCGCGCAACACAUUCGUCAGUGGCAAACCGGACGCACUGCUGAGCCAAAGCUCCGUCGCGAUGAUGCCGGUUACCGCUUCGCCCUCCUCCGCGUCGUUCUGUUCGUCCCCGGGCGUGUGGUCACCGUCGCUGCCGAGCAACCUGUUCGGGAGCAGCGCACCCUCCACCGGCACCGGUUCACCGGUCGGCUCUGGUACGACCGGACCGGAGCUGUCCUCCCUGUCCGGCUACGACAUGAACAGCUUCGUCAACAUUGGCCACAUGCUCGACCCGGACGGUGUGAUCGAUCUGUGCGACGAUCUCGAACUGAACCCGGCGAACCUCAUCUCGCUCGACUGAUCACGCCUCACGGUAACGCAACGGUACAGCAUGUGGAACGCGAAACAGGAUAAGCGAAACACAUUUGCUUUUUACUUCAAAAUUGCCUUUAUGUUCUGUAGUGUAGUGACAGCAAGUUCGCGUAGUAUUGGUAUAUGUUUUUUUACUAACUUUUAAAUACGCUCCAAUUGUGUAUCCUAUCUGCUUAAUU